AUGAGCCAUCUCGCAGUUUACGGAGGUGCAGGUGCUUUGGGUCGUGCACUUGUUACUUACUUUAAAGAACGCGGCUUUUCUGUCACCAACAUUGACCUGGUAGAAAAUGCAGCAGCACAACACAAUAUGCUCGUCAAUGCCAAGGCGCCAUUGCCAGAACAAGCAUCCCAAAUUGAAUCGUCUAUCACCAAUGUGCUUCAAGGUCAAAAGCUCAAAGCUCUGUUUUGUGUUGCUGGUGGAUGGGCUGGUGGAAACGCAGCAAGCCCAGACUUUAUCAACAGCGCUGAUCUCAUGUGGAAACAAUCGGUGCAGUCAUCCUUAGUCUCUGCCCAACUUGCUUCGCGUCAUUUGGAUAGCAAUGGUCUUUUGGUUCUUACAGGUGCUCUUCCAGCAGCAGAAGGCGCUACUCCUGGUAUGAUUGGUUAUGGUAUCGCCAAGGCUGCCGUUCAUCAUCUUGUCAAGGAUCUUGCUGCUAAAGGAGGUGGUCUUCCUGAUGCAUCCAAAGUGAUUGGUCUUUGCCCCGUCACCUUGGAUACGCCUGGCAAUAGACAAGGUAUGCCCAGUGCCGAUUUCUCUUCAUGGACACCUCUUGAGACAAUAGCCAAGCAAUUGCAUGCGUAUACUACGGGUGACAUCCAAGUGACCAACGGUAGUUUAGUUGAGAUCAAGACCAAGGCAGGAGAAACUACUUUUAAGGAAUUCCAGUAA